CGUCACUGUGGUGUUACUGUUGGUAGAGGAAGGCGGACAUUGAGGCUAGCUUUAGCUAACGUCGCUGCGUUUCGAGAACCAGCAAUCCUUGUUCCGCCAGCGCAGCCUUUCUCCCCGGACAAGAAAUAUAGACUUUAUACUAAUUUGACGCCAGGGGGGUGAACAUCGACGACUCGCAUAUAAAAUGAGGAGGCGAAUAGAGUUUCAGUUUGGUUAUUGGGUGCUUUUCUUUGUAUUUAAUUCGAAUUUCUGCCCGUGCUCGGCGUUCUAUCUUCCGGGUUUAGCUCCAGUUAGUUUUUGCGAAGACGGCAAAGGUGGUGACGAUUGCCAGACACAGAUACAGCUGUUUGUCAAUCGCCUGGAUUCCGUGGAGUCCGUCCUGCCUUAUGAAUAUGAUGUAUUCGACUUUUGCAAGGAUGCCAAAGAAAUGAGGCCUUCGGAGAAUCUUGGACAGGUGUUGUUUGGUGAACGUAUCGAGUCCUCGCCAUACAAGUUUAACUUUAAACAAGAUGUGAAGUGCAAGGCGGUGUGCAAAAAAACGUACAAGAAGGACAGCCAAGAGGACACCGCUCGACUAGAUUUCAUCAAAAUGGGAAUGCAGCUCAACUAUCAGCACCACUGGAUCAUUGAUAACAUGCCAGUGACAUGGUGCUAUGAUGUGGAAGAAAAACGGCAAUACUGCAACCCCGGUUUCCCUAUUGGUUGCUUUGUUAAUUCAGAUGGCCGACCUAAGGAUGCUUGUGUUAUUAAUGCCGAGUUCCACAAGAAGAAUACAUUUUACGUCUUCAACCACGUAGACAUCAAGAUCAUUUACCACAACGGAGCAGAUGACGGCUGGACAGGAGCUCGGCUGGUUGCUGCCAGAGUGGAGCCCAGGAGUAUCAACCACGCAGAUGAGAAGAACCCAAACUGCGAAAGUACCACCCCAAUGGAGGUGCCUAACCAGUUUGACAAUGACAUGUCUAUCGUUUACACCUACUCUGUCACAUUUGAGAAAAACAACACGAUCAAGUGGGCUUCCCGGUGGGACUACAUCCUGGUCUCUAUGCCGCACACAAACAUCCAGUGGUUUAGCAUCAUGAACUCCUUAGUCAUCGUGCUCUUCCUGUCUGGCAUGGUGGCCAUGAUCAUGCUAAGAACGCUGCACAAGGAUAUUGCCAGAUACAACCAGGUGGACCAGGCAGACUUGAUAAAGCUUCCAUCGACCGUGCUGAAAUCAACUCCCUUUUAUGAAGACGCGCAGGAGGAGUCUGGUUGGAAGCAGGUGCAUGGCGAUGUGUUCCGCCCGCCCAGGAAAGGAAUGCUGCUCUCCAUAUUCCUCGGACAGGGCACGCAGAUCUUCAUCAUGACCUUCAUCACACUCUUCCUGGCCUGCCUGGGCUUCCUGUCCCCAGCCAACAGGGGCGCUCUCAUGACAUGCGCCGUGGUUCUUUGGGUCCUGCUGGGCACCCCUGCCGGAUACGUGUCGGCGCGCCUUUACAAAACUUUCGGAGGAGAAAAGUGGAAGACCAACGUCCUGUUGACGGCGCUCCUAUGUCCGGGUAUUGUGUUUGCCGACUUCUUUCUGAUGAACUUGAUCCUCUGGGUGGAGGGGUCCUCGGCAGCCAUCCCCUUCGGGACACUGGUGGCAAUCCUGGCCCUGUGGUUUGGAAUUUCUGUGCCACUUACAUUCAUCGGUGCCUACUUUGGAUUCAAGAAGCCUGCAAUUGAGCAACCAGUGAGAACGAAUCAAAUACCACGUCAAAUUCCUGAGCAGUCAUUUUUCACCAAGCCCAUCCCGGGCAUCGUCAUGGGCGGCAUCCUGCCCUUCGGCUGUAUCUUCAUCCAGCUCUUCUUCAUCCUCAACAGCAUAUGGUCUCAUCAGAUGUACUACAUGUUCGGCUUCCUGUUUCUGGUGUUCAUCAUUCUGCUCAUCACGUGCUCCGAGGCCACCAUUCUGCUCUGCUACUUCCACUUAUGUGCUGAGGACUACCACUGGUGGUGGCGUUCCUUCCUGACCAGUGGCUUCACUGCGGUCUAUCUGUUCAUAUACGCCGUGCACUAUUUCUUCUCCAAGCUGCAAAUCAUCGGUGCGGCCAGCACCUUCCUCUACUUCGGAUACACCAUGAUCAUGGUGCUCAUCUUCUUCCUCUUCACAGGAACCAUCGGCUUCUUUGCGUGCUUCUGGUUUGUAAAUAAGAUCUAUAGUGUGGUCAAGGUGGACUAGAGGACGGAGGGGAGGGAGAGAGAGACUGUUGUGGCUGUCCACGUGAUGGCAACAUGUUUGCAAGGCCCAGAAAUGAAACCAUCAUUCAUCACAAGACCCCCAAGGGAAGAGCCCGUCCUCUUUUUGUGCUUUAAACCUCUGUCCUUCAAUAGUUUUCUUUUGCGUUCACUCUUGACUUCUAUUUGGAGUGGCACCAUUAUAAACUAACUUGGGUCCUCGUUGUCAUUGUGAACCUUUUUUUUUUUUUUUUCUUUUCUUCGGUGGCAUUAAAAAAAAAAAAAAAGAAAGUGUUUUAGUGGCAUUUUCUUUGUUUCUAAAGAAAAUUCAAAGAUGUUAGUUUUCAUUUUCUUUUCCCUUCCAGCUAAAUGUUUUGGGUCUUUUUUUUUUUUUUUCCUUUUUAAAAAAAAAUGUUUUUUUUUUUUUCUUCUUCUCUCCUCUGUACUCUAAUGAUGGGAGGAAAAAAACUGCUUGUACAUAUAUUGUAUAGACAGAGUGAAGGAAAGAAUGCUUACUUUCUGUUCUCAUUUUAGGGCUUUAAACCCUGAACUAUAUCAGUCUAUAUUGUAGUUGAGAAAGCAUAUAAAAACACUUACAUUGUUGCUGAUACAUGGCCUUUUUCUCAAUGUAUUUAUAUGUUUUCAUUGAAUCAAAGGAGAGUGUCCGCGUCAUAGAUUUCUGCUGGUCAAGCGGCAGCAUGUUCCAAAAUGGAGGAUGUUUUUAAUUCCAUGUUGUUUAAGUCAUUCAAAUGAGAACCGUCUGAAUUCACUUAACUGCUUUUGUUUCCCACAGUGUUUGGUUCAGUGGGGGUGGGGAAGGGGGAUUGUCACCCACGGUGAUAUGUUUUGCAAAUAUAUACAAUUAAUACAUCGUGCUUUGUAUACGCCUCUUGAAUGUAUACUCAAACAUGGAUACAUUAUGUAUUUUCCUGUUUUCCCUCUGGUUUGGAAAUGAAGGCAAUUUUAAUUUC